AUGGCUGUGAAAUGGAGUCAAGUGUUAAUGAAAAUUCAAGCAGUGGUCGCCGAUGCGGAGCCUAAGCAAAUCACUGACAGAGCUGUGAAAUUGUGGCUAAAGGAUCUCAGGGAUUUGGCUUAUGAUUUGGAUGAUCUGCUGGACGAAAUUGCGACUGAAGCUUUGACGCAUAAAUUGAACUUGGAGCCUGGAACUACCGCAAGUAAUGUAAGGAACUUCAUCCCUACUUGUUGUACUAAUUGCCCUAGCACUGUUGCACUCAAAAUCAAGAUGGGGCCUAAGAUUGAGGAGAUCACUGCCAGACUAGAAGUUCUUGCAAAACAGAAAGAUGAUCUUGAUUUGAGAGUUAAUCUUGAAACAAGGUCAAACAGAGAAAAAUAUAGAUUGCCAACAACUUCCUUGGUGGAUGAAUCUCAGAUUUAUGGUCGGGAAAAUGAUAAGAACGAAAUACUCAAAUUGUUGCUUAGGGAUGAGUCACAUAAUGAUAAAACAUGUGUCAUUCCAAUAGUUGGUAUGGGCGGUGUUGGCAAGACCACACUUGCUCAACUUGUGUACAACAACGAGAAAGUGGAUGAGUUUUUUGAUAUGAAAGCGUGGGUAUGUGUUUCUGAAGAUUUUGAUAUAUCCAUGAUAACCAGCACCAUUUAUGAGUCAGUGACCAAUGAAAGCCGUGACUUUAAGAACUUAAAUUCGGCACAACAGAGUCUUAAAGAGAAACUUUUUAAAAGAAAAUUUCUUCUUGUUUUAGACGAUGUCUGGAAUGAGAACUACGAAAAAUGGGAUCUCCUCCGUGCACCAUUUCAAGUUGGGCUACCUGGAAGUAAAAUUGUUGUUACAACUAGAAAUGAAGGCGUUGCAUCAACCAUGGGUUCUGUUCCAGCUUACCAUCUGAAGGAGUUGGCAGAUGCUGAUUGUUUAUCUCUACUUGCUCAACAUGCAUUGGGUUCAAGAAAUUUGGAUGCCCAUCCAAACUUGGAAGUAAUUGGCAUGGAUAUAGUGAGAAAAUGUCAAGGCUUGCCUUUGGCAGCAAAGACUCUGGGAGGCCUCUUGCGCACUAAACACAGCCCAAAUGAGUGGAAAGAUGUACUUGACAGCGAAAUUUGGGAUCUACCCGAGCAUAAGAGUGGCAUUCUUCCAGUUUUGAGAUUAAGCUAUCAUGAUCUCCCUGCUCAAUUGAAGCAAAUGUUUGCAUACUGUGCUAUAUUUCCAAAGGACUAUGAAUUUGACAGGGAUGAGUUAGUUUUGCUAUGGAUGGCAGAAGGAUUUCUACAGCAAUCAAAACGAGGGAAAUGUAUGGAAGAGUUUGGUGGUGACUGUUUUAAUGAGCUAUUAUCAAGGUCAUUUUUCCAACGUUCUGGUGGCGCUGAGUCAAAAUUUCGGAUGCAUGACCUGUUGAAUGAUCUAGCUCAAUAUGUUGCUGGAGAAAUAUGCUUUAGGUUGGAUGAUAAUAAGGAGAGCAACGGGCGGUGUAAAAUUUCUCAAAAUACUCGCCACACGUCCUUCAUUCACCACCAAUACGAAGUGUAUAACAGAUUCAAAGCAUUUCAUGAACUUCAGGGUUUACGGACUUUUUUACCACUGGCAGUUCAUAAAUCAGAUUAUCGGGCCAAAUUCUAUUUAAGCAAUAGCGUUUUACACAGCUUAUUGCCUAAAUUACAGUGCUUAAGAGUCUUAUCUUUGAAAGGGUAUCAUAUCUGUGAGCUACCUAACUCGAUUGGGGAUUUGAAACAUCUAAGGUACCUUAAUUUGUCUGAGACUUCUAUUAAAUGGUUGCCUGAAUCAGUGAGUACUUUGUACAAUUUACAGACAUUAUCAUUGCGUGGUUGUAGCACUCUUUGUAAGUUGCCCAAGAACAUUGGAAAUUUAGUUAACCUUCGCCAUCUUGACAAUGCCAAUACUGCCUUACUAGAAGAGAUGCCCCUAGGGAUUGGCAAGUUGACAAGUUUGCAAACAUUGUCAAAGAUUUUUGUGAGCAAAAGUAAUGAAUUGGGACUCAGAGAUUUAAACAACCUAUUGCUUCUGCAAGGGAUGCUUUCUAUUGUAGGGUUGCAAAAUGUUAUGGAUGAGCGGGAUGCAGAAAAGGCCAGUUUAAAUCGUAAGCAGAACCUUGUUGAGUUAGAAUUGAUAUGGAGUAGAGACAUUGAAGAUCCUCAAAACGAAGGGCUACAAGUCAAGGUACUUGACAUGCUACGGCCUUACAGAGAAUUGAAAAGCCUUAAAAUUGAGUUCUAUGGGGGCAUAACAUUUCCUAGAUGGAUUGGGGAUCCAUCAUUCUCUAAAACAGUGCAUAUAAGUCUUCGUGGUUGUACAAAAUGUGUGUCUUUACCACCACUUGGUCAACUACCCGUUCUCAAAGAACUACACAUACACGGCAUGCAUGCAGUAAGAAGUGUAGGUGUUGAGUUCUACAGGGAUGGUAGCACAUUAGAGAUUCCAUUUCGAUCACUCGAGAUUCUAAGAUUUGAGGAGAUGCUAGAAUGGGAAGAAUGGUCUUGUGAUAUCGGUGUGGAGGUUGUGGGUCAUUUCCCUCGUCUUCGUGAGCUUGCUAUAUGCAACUGUCCUAGAUUAGUAAGGGUUUCACCCUUGAGGCUUCUCUCUCUUCGCAAUUUACAGAUAGAAAACUGUGAAGAGGUGGUGCUAAAAAGUUUAACUGAAUUAACCUUACUGGCCAGCUUGUAUAUUCAGAAUAUUUCGGGACUAACUCAUCUACAGAAAGAGUUCAUUUCUCCUCUGCAACGCCUAGUUGUUAGGGAGUGUCCCCAACUUGUGUACUUGUUAGAAGAAGAUCAAAGGCUACCUUGUAAUCUUGAAUUUCUGGAAGUAUUCCACUGCAAGAAUCUGAAGAGGCUGCCAAAUGUGUCCUUGCAAGAGGUCAGUCUCCCACCCACACUUAGACAUCUUUUGAUAAGAGGCUGUAGUUCUCUGGAGUCCCUGCCUAAUUGCAUCUCUCAUCUUGAAGACUUGAUACUCGUUUCCUGCUGGUCUCUAAGAUCCUUGCCUAUGGAUACACUUCCCUCCACCCUUAAGUCUCUUCACAUUGUUAAUUGCUUGAAUUUGGAGUCAGUUAUAGAAGUGAUCGAACAAAACAUCACGUCAGGAUGCUUUCGCAUGAGUAAUUGGCCAAAUUUGGAGAGGCUUCGCAUGUCCACGCCCAAUUUUGAAAUUUGUUUGGGUUAUCAAAUUGGGCAGUUGUUCCCAAGAAGUGGUAUGCUCACUCCUAACCUAAGAAGUCUUUCGAUUGGCUGGUGUGCAAAUCUCAUUUCCUUUGCCUGUCAUAUUGAAAGCCUCACAUCCCUUGAAGAGCUAAUAAUAUCCAAUUGUGAAGGUCUGGAGUCCUUUCCUGAUGGGAAUUUGCCCCCCAAUCUAACGCUGCUUUCUAUCAGCAAAUGCAAAAAACUCAAGCCUCUAUCAGAGUGGGGCCUGCACAGAGCCUCUUCUCUUCAGCACAUUGAGAUGAGUGAUGUAUAUCCAGAGCUACUUUCCUUUGAGGAUGAGUUUAUACUUCCUGUUAGUCUAAAAUUCCUUCAGAUUGCUAGCAUGCCGAACCUUGAGUCUCUCUCCAAGGCGAUUCACCACCUAACCUCUCUUGAGCAUCUGCAAAUUUACAGUUGCCCUAAGCUUCGUUCCUUGCCUAACGAAAGGACACUUGCUGCACUUUCGAGUCUGAUCAUAUAUCGUUGUCCACUUCUCAAUCGACGGAGUUUGAAAGAGAAAGGAGAUUGGCCCAAGAUCAUUGACAUCCCCUAUGUUGAUAUUUAUCCAUGAACGAAGUCCAGAACAAGUUAGGUUUUCUCUGAGGAUGAGGAUGAUGUCAAGACCAUCCCUGCUGUUUUGCUAUCAGUUUUCAUCACGAGGCUUGUAUUACGAAGCAACUUUCUCAAAAUUAUCCCGAUCUCAAGAGGAUUCCAUUGUAGGUCUAGUGUAUCUUCUAAUCAAGGGGGAUGAAAUUUCAAUUUCUUUAGAGCCUUGAAUGACAGUUAAGUGUUGGAACUUUCCUUUUUUUCCUUGAUCAUCCAAUCUCUUUGGUGUUGGUAUGGGUGAUAAGAGGUUGUGGGUUCUAGAUUCUUCUCGUGUCUUUUUUUUUUUUUUUUUUUAAAUCUUAUUUAUAUGUGUUGAUUGAAGAUCCUUCUUCUUUGCCUUUUGGACCUCAUGUAAUGAUUUGGAAGGCCAAAGUGUUUGUUAAGGUGAAGGUUUUCACUUGGACCGUUGCUCACGGCAAGAUUAAUACUUGUGAUUUGUUGCAAAGGAGAUGACUACUUGUCUUUCCUUCCAUUGGUGUGUAUUCUUUUCACUAUUUAAUGAGAGUUAUGU